AUGGUAGCCCCCCUCAGCGCGGCGGCCGAGGGAGUCGGCUUCAAGGAAGAGCUCGUCAAAUGCAGCGCGCAGGAAAAAUGCGACUACAAAACGAACAUCAAGGUGAACAUCGGAAAUAAUCAGAAGAUCCUGCUGCUCAUCCGACACAAGAAAGAGGAGUUCUAUGUAGUCCUCCAUCAAACGAAAUUUAUUGUGGCAUACCCAAUGGUCUAUACAAACGUGGCCCCACAAAAGUCUGCCUUCAGCUAUAAAGAGUUUCUCGAAUUAGGAAUAGGCACGAUAGAUGAGCAAAACAAAAAAGGAAAAGACAAGUGUGAGAGUUACGAUUUCAGUACCUAUGAGCAGAUCAAAGUGCCAACCUUUGAAGGGUUCAACGAUAUUCCCUUCUCGAUCUGUUGUUCUUGUUACGAUUUGCCACAUUCUAACGGUUCUAUAAAUGACCUAUACAAGGCGAUUCCACAGAAAAUAGAAUUAGAUUGUCCAGCUACAGACACAAUUAUCCGUGACCCACUACAGGAGAGACUCGUAUCAGUAAAGAAAGCUCUCCGUCACGUUCUCCCAAUGUAUGCUAUGUUCAAAUUUAAAAAUGAAGUGAAUAUCUUCCUUGUUUUCAACAUCACUGUGAUGAAAAAGAAGAAGACAUUUUCUGAUUACUUCCAGAUGUAUACUCAGCAGGUGGAUCUGGAGAAGAAGACAUACAGAUAUGUGAUUAGCGAAUCGACCAAACCGAUAGAACUCUUUGAUGGAAAAUACAUCUACAUCACACAUUCAUCCUCUGCAUUCGAUAACGUUUCCGUUACGACACUGCACAAUAACUACUUAUUGUAUCCAUUUUACCCUGAGCAGUUAUAUGGAAUAAAAUAUGGAACGCUAGAUUAUGGAUGUUCAUACAAUAAAUCUCUGAAUUUUGAGUGCAUUGAGAAUGAUCAGGAUAAAUGCAAAUACACCGAUUCUACUUGUCUCAGUAGGUCUAUACUCAUCCCUAAACAUUACGUGUCUGAUGACUCAGAUGCUGCUUGUGGCCUGAUCGGCUACAAUGAUUAUACUGUCUCCAGAUGGGAGACCUGCAUCGAACACACUGACUGCAUAUCGAAUACGGUAGAGUCCUAUCUUAACAAAGCACAGGAAGUAACCAAAGGGAAUCAAGAGACUGUCACCAAACUACCCAUUAUAAAUGGAAAGUACCCUCACUACAUUUUUAGGAAGAAGAAUUACCACCAAGAUUCUUCUACUAAUAAAAGGACAGUUCGCUUUUUCAAGGAUCCAAAUAUAGAACACUUCAUUGCAUAUGAAUACUACAAGGAGGACCGAACCGAAUUCACCAUCAGCUUGUCCAACAAGAGGACGGAUAUCGUAGGGCAUGGCAUACACCCUCAAGGGGUCUCUCUAAAAAGUGAGCGUAUCCACAAAAGAGAUGCAGAAGCCCCACUGGAAGAACCAGAACCCCCAUACGAUGUUACCAUCUUCCAGUUAGAGACUCUGAACGAACUGAGGAUCAUAAACAUCCUGUACUCAGAUCAGUGUGAUGAGCGGAACACACAGAAGUGUGGUGUUCUCGUACAUCUGUGGAACCCCUCCAUGGAGCAGAUAAAAGCUAGACUAAAAUUACAGUGCAGCAUCAGUUCAAGUGAGAAACAUGUCGAUGAGAAAAACCUCAUUUAUGAUGAGGGGAAAUAUCAGUUUUUGUUUUUUUUUAAAGUCCCUUUUCUCAAAUUUCUCUCUCUUCGAAACUGCAGUGUGCAUGCAUAUGGGGCUUUUAAACUAUACGACGCGCAAACUUAUGUCGUUAGGAAGAGGGGAAUCAUUAGAGAAUUUUUUUACCACCAACCUAAAGAGACUAGCGGAAUGAAGGUGUACUCGGAGGGCAUACAAAAGGUUACCUGCUGUAUGGAGGAGCCGCGCAUAUGCGAUCUGAAAAAUAUCCCCCACUGCAUCACGAGGGAGUCGUUGAAUGUACUCCACGUCUUCAUAUUCUUUGUUUUUCUCGUCCUUGUCUUUUUCAUCUUCCUCACUGGCAAAAUCGGCAAGAAGAGCUCCAACUCGGCCAGUGUUGACGCGGAAAACGCGCCCUACAGGUGA